AUCAUCCUCUGUGCGAAGAGCACAGGCUACAAUUUUUGUCUUGAAACUAGCUACCUUGACUCGAGUCAUAUUUCGGCGGAGAACAAGACUGAAAUGACAGAAAGUGCCGUGUCGUCUGAUGAUCCCUGGAUCAAACAGGCAGACGGUGUGUUCGGCGACAGCAGUUUUGACCAGAAUUUCUUGACUGAGAAUGCUGGGAAAGGGAUGGGAAGCUCUAGAGCCAAUAGCAUCGGGUCCACAAGUGCCUCAUCAGUACCAAAUACAGAUGAUGAAGACAGUGACUACAGACAGGAGACAUCGUACAAGGAGUCGUACAAAGACCGGCGGAGGAAGGCACACACCCAAGCGGAGCAGAAACGAAGGGAUGCCAUCAAGAAAGGCUAUGAUGACUUGCAGUCAAUUGUCCCCACAUGCCAACAGCAGUCAGAGUUCACUGUGGGGUCACAGAAAAUCAGCAAGGCCACUGUCCUACAGAAAACUAUUGACUACAUCCAGUUUCUACACAAGGAGAAGAAAAAACAGGAAGAGGAAGUGUCCACGUUGCGGAAAGAAGUAAUGGCAUUGAAAAUCAUGAAAAUAAACUAUGAGCACAUAGUCAAGGCACAUCAGGACAAUCCACAACAGGGUGAGGACAAUGUGUCGGACCAGGUGAAGUUCCGGGUGUUCCAAAACAUCAUGGACUCCCUGUUCCAGUCCUUCAGUGCCUCCAUCUCAGUGUCUAGCUUCCGGGAACUCUCCGCCUGUGUCUUCAGCUGGCUGGAGGAGCACUGCAAGCCCCAGACGCUGCGAGAGUUCGUGGUGGGAGUGCUUCGGCAGCUGAACGGCCAGCUGUACUGACGACGGUGGGAAGGCCUCUAGACUAGAUUUAAGUGUAAAGGCUGACCUGUGGGCUGUCCUGGGCUCUCAAGGUGCAAAUGAGUUUGGCCUGUCCCACAGAAACGGUGUCUUGUAUGUAGCAAACCUCGGUCAGACACUUCAAUUUUGAAAUAUUUUUACCCUUUUAUAUAAUAUUCACAACAAAAUUAUUCUUUAGCUUGUACUUUGGUUUGUUAAGAGUUUCAUAUUAAAAUUUCUCAGGAAUCUGGAUUUUUCUGGAAUCUGUAAGUCAAUGGUCUCCAACCCUGGUCCUGGAGAGCUACAGGGUCUGCUGGUUUUCCUAGUGACUCUGCACUUCAUGAAUCAAUUAGAGCAGUUGAUUACACAGUUAACUCAACUCACCUGGUGUCUUGGGUCUCAAUUGGGUGCUGAGUUUAAGGGGAAAACAAAAACCAGCAGACCCUGUAGCUCUCCAGGACCAGGGUUGGAGACCACUGCUGUACAUAAUUUCAAAUGCAUCUUUUUUCCCCACAUUCAGUAUGUGAAACCUUCUUCAGCAACUGCACUCAUCUUCUGCCCCCAGUUCCAUACUACAUGCAGAUUUUUGUCUCAACACUUAUUGUUUAAUUAGUUGUUGGACAGAAGCGAUUAUCUCUAAAUUAAAUUGAAUCCAUUUCUUAUUGAACACAACAUUCAAAACCUAGAGGGACAUCACCAAUAAUAGGAAAGGGACAUCCCAGGUCAAAAACCAAGAAUUCAGAGAUUUUACUCUCUAAAUGUUACAGGGUUUAUUUUCUGUGUGUCAUGGAAAUGGGCUCAUUAAGAUUUUUUAAAUCAGCAAAUAUCUGAAUGUUAGCCCAACCAAGCAUAUCCCAAUGGACACCUGGGUGGAAAUUUGAAUGUGAUGCAAACAUUUUGAGUACCGCAUUUAAAUCAUUUUGCCCAAAAUUCCAAAGAUGCAUGAGGUAAAGAGAAAGUUUCACAGAACUGUGUUUGGUAAUGAGACCACACUCUCAUUGUGAAUGCGAGUGAAACAGCAAUGUGUUCCAGUUUAUCACAAAUGCAGGAUCUUGCAUUUGCGUCUUUGAAUUCUCAAUGUAAUAAGGCCUAAUUAUAUGGGCAAAUGGAUGUGCAUUUGCUUUGCUCGAUUAAUGUGCUCCGGAUUGUUUCAAAGUACUGGUGUCGAAGCACCUGUGCUUAUUAAUGGACAUCCAGUCCACCUGCAUUAACUACUGCAUUAAUUCUAUAAUCUUGUGUCCAGUAAAAUGUGGGCUGAACUGCAAAAAAAAAAGAA